GAGGGAGGAAGAGAGAGGGAGGGAGAGAGACAGAGGGAGAGCGUGAGCGCGCGCAAGCUAGCGAGCAAACCAGAGAGACAGACCGAGAGAGGGACCUGGAGAGAGACCCAGGAAAGGGAAGCAGCAGCCGAGGUCUGUAAGGGCUCAACCUCCAACUUGUUUCAGUUCAUUCAUCCUUCUCUCCUCUCAGCUUGGGGGAAGUGACUGUGGCGCUCGGUCUCUCCAAGUUUGUGUCUAAGAAGAUGGUGAUCACACAAAUGAGUCACUACUAUAUGACCAUCAUUGGGCUUCUUUUCCUGGUCAUUAUGUUCCCUGCAACUACAGGCCAAGGGGAAUCAAGACGACAAGAACCUGGGGACUUUGUGAAGCAGGAUAUUGGCGGACUCUCUCCUAAGCAUGCCCCAGAUAUUCCUGAUGACAGCACCGACAACAUCACUAUCUUUACCAGAAUCUUGGAUCGUCUUCUGGAUGGCUAUGACAACCGACUGCGACCUGGGCUUGGAGAUGCAGUAACUGAAGUGAAGACUGACAUCUAUGUCACCAGUUUUGGCCCUGUGUCAGACACGGACAUGGAAUACACUAUUGACGUAUUUUUUCGACAGACAUGGCAUGAUGAAAGACUGAAAUUUGAUGGACCCAUGAAGAUCCUUCCAUUGAACAAUCUCCUGGCUAGCAAAAUCUGGACUCCUGAUACCUUCUUCCACAAUGGCAAGAAAUCGGUGGCUCAUAACAUGACCACACCCAACAAGCUGCUCAGACUGGUGGACAAUGGGACCCUUCUCUACACAAUGAGGUUAACAAUUCACGCUGAGUGUCCCAUGCAUCUGGAAGAUUUUCCCAUGGAUGUGCAUGCCUGCCCGCUAAAAUUUGGAAGCUAUGCCUAUACAACAGCUGAAGUAGUUUAUUCUUGGACUCUUGGGAAGAACAAGUCUGUGGAAGUGGCACAGGACGGCUCCCGCCUGAACCAGUAUGACCUGCUGGGCCAUGUUGUUGGGACUGAGAUAAUCCGUUCUAGCACAGGAGAAUAUGUCGUCAUGACAACCCACUUCCAUCUCAAGCGAAAAAUUGGCUACUUUGUGAUCCAGACCUACUUGCCAUGUAUCAUGACUGUCAUUCUGUCACAAGUGUCUUUCUGGCUCAACAGAGAGUCUGUCCCUGCCCGAACGGUCUUUGGUGUCACCACUGUUCUCACUAUGACAACGUUGAGUAUCAGUGCCAGAAACUCCUUACCUAAAGUGGCAUACGCGACGGCCAUGGACUGGUUCAUAGCCGUCUGUUAUGCCUUUGUAUUUUCUGCGCUGAUCGAAUUUGCCACUGUCAACUACUUCACCAAGCGGAGUUGGGCUUGGGAAGGCAAGAAGGUGCCAGAGGCCCUGGAGAUGAAGAAGAAAACACCAGCAGCUCCAACAAAGAAAACCAGCACCACCUUCAACAUCGUGGGGACCACCUAUCCCAUCAACCUGGCCAAGGAUACUGAGUUCUCCACCAUCUCCAAGGGCGCUACUCCCAGUGCCUCCUCAACCCCAACCAUCAUUGCUUCGCCCAAGGCCACCUAUGUGCAGGACAGCCCAACUGAGACGAAGACCUACAACAGUGUCAGCAAGGUCGACAAAAUCUCCCGCAUCAUCUUUCCUGUUCUCUUUGCCAUAUUCAAUCUGGUCUAUUGGGCCACCUAUGUCAACCGGGAGUCAGCUAUCAAGGGCAUGAUUCGCAAACAGUAGAUAGUGGUGGCAGCACAGCAACCAGAGCACUGUAUACCCCACGAAGCAUCCCAACCUCCAGGCUCCCCUUCGUGUAUUUCAGGAUUCUUCUUUUUAACCCUCUACCAAGCUGUGAUUCUCAAUUCAUAUUUAUGAAUCUCAAUGAAGAAAACAACCACA